GAGCACAUAAAAGGGUGCAAGGCUGUCGAGAUGGUUUAUUUGCGCCAAAACUUUCAACAGAGACGUAUAACGACGUUGCUCGCUCAAGUGCCAAAGCUCUCUCCAUUCAGGACCAUGGAGAGCUCCAGUCUGAGGACGCGCAUGGCUGUGUGCGCGCUGCUGCUCUGCUUGUUGACCGGAGCCAGAGCGAACGAAUCUGAGCCGGAGAUAGAGGUGGAACUGGACACGAGAGCCAUCAGAGACUUUUACCCCAAAGACCCAAACCUGACAAGUGAAAAACAGCUUCUCGGGGCUCUGCAAGAAGUUCUGGAAAAGCUGCAGACGAAACGAAUUCCACCUUGGGAGAAGAAAUUUGGUCAAGUUCCCAUGUGUGAUUUGGGGGAGCAGUGCGCGAUCAGAAAAGGCUCGCGAAUCGGGAAGAUGUGCGAUUGUCCGCGCGGAGCUCUCUGCAACUUUUUCUUGUUAAAGUGUUUGUGAUGAAAAACACACAUUCCGGAAUGGAUUGUAAUGAGAUUGAGGGAAUCCAUAUGCAUUAUAUAUCAUAAAUAACUACAAUUUUAUUUAUAUUAAUAUUUUUUUAAGUGAAGAGACUGAAGACACUGACGCAAAGUUGUAAAGAAGUUGUUCUUCAUAUAUUUGUGAUGUAAACAUGUAAUACUGUCAUAUUUAAUGUUAAUCUGCUGUUUUGUGCAUUAAAGUGCAAACUUGUUUUGUAAAA